UGACCUUUAUGAUCGGCUGUAAUUUUAAUUUAGUAGCUACUGUCUAGCCGCGACUGUCUAGCUAGCUAGCUACGAAUAUUGACUCACUACUGGCUCGAAGAGAUGGCUGUGACGACUGCUAAACGAUUCAUGGAGGGCCCGCUGUCCAAGUGGACCAAUGUGGUGAAUGGCUGGCAGUACAGGUGGUUUGUGCUCGACCAAACUGCUGGCCUCCUCUCUUACUUCACAUCCAAGGACAAGAUGAAGCGAGGAUCUCGUAGAGGCUGCUUCCGUCUCAAGACUGCCUUCGUGGGUAUUGACGAUGAGGACGACUGCACCUUCACUAUACGAGUGGAGAGUAGGACCUACCACUUUCAGGCCCAGAACUCUGAGGAGAGGGAACACUGGGUGGGGGCACUCGACUCUUGCAUCAGGAAGUUAUCGCAAACAGUACAGCAAGCUGACAUGAUUCUGGGUGACCUACACGCUGGGGUUUCACUGGACCAGCGAUUGCAGGAGGCCCAGGCCUACCACUCGCUACUGUCAGAACAGUUCCAAGCCAUCACCACUUCUUUGAACACCAACGAAGAAGCCAAGCAACUCAGUGAGACUAUCCGCACUAUGAUGGAGGCUUUAAGACAGUGCAUUGAUAUGAUUAAAGACUCACAGCUUGUAGGAAUAACCACACCCUCUAGCGAGGCCAGCCCACCCCCGGAGGUUAUACCGGAGGCAGUAGAAGAGGCAGUAGAAGAGGAGAAGAUAAAAGCCACUACGGCCGAAAACACGACUGUAAGCUCUUCAGAAACUUCCAGUGAAGUGAGCCGGAGUGUUGAGAGCGAGAGUGACGAUGAGUUUUUUGAUGCUGACAAUGGGCCUGAGCCGAUGGUGACCAGCCCCAGUGUUAGUGUGCCCCUCAUCGAUGAAGACCCUUCAGAUGUGGAGGAAGAUCAAGAACUGCACGAGGACAAUGACACGUCCAGUGGUGUUGCUCAGAACAAGAGCGUGAUAAUGCACAUGCUCUCCCAAGUGAGGAUUGGGAUGGACCUCUCCAAGAUUGUCCUGCCUACCUUUAUCUUGGAGAAGAGAUCACUACUGGAGAUGUGGGCAGAGCUGUUCUCCCAUGCUGACUACUUCUCAGAUAUUCCGGAGCACGUGGAUGCCAAAGAUCGUGUAGUGGCCAUUGUCAAGUAUUACAUGUCAGCCUUUCAUGCGGCCAGGAAGAGUUCGGUCGCCAAGAAGCCAUACAACCCUGUGCUGGGGGAGGAGUUUCGUUGCUACUGGGACCUCCCUGGAGCUACUAGAACACCUCCUGAUGACCUAUCAAGGCGGCUGAUUGAGACUGGCCCCUGUCCCUAUGCUAGCUACAACUCUCUGACCUUCGUAGCCGAACAAGUAUCCCAUCAUCCCCCAAUAUCAGCGUUCUAUGCUGAAGUGCCCACCAAGAAUAUGUACGUGACUGGCUGGAUACACGCAAAGUCAAAGUUCCUGGGCCUCUCACUCGGAGUGCACCAGAUUGGGCUAGUGACGCUACGACUGCUCGACUAUGAUGAGGUGUAUACUUGUACCCUCCCCAACGCUUACGGCCGCUCCAUCUUGACAGUGCCGUGGCUCGAGCUAGGGGGCAAGGUCAACUUAGAGUGUGAGCAGACUGGAUUCAAGGCCAAUGUGGAGUUCCACUGCAAACCGUUCUAUGGGGGCAAGAAACACAGGGUCACAGCCGACUGCUAUCAUGUGACUGAGAAGAAGCCAUUUCUGAAGGUGGAUGGAGAAUGGAAUGGAAUCAUGCACUCAACUCAUCCAAACGGAGAUCAGGAGGUGUUCUUUGAUACGUUUACCACGCCCACUAUUCGUAAAAAGAUCAAGCGACUGGGCAAUCAGGAGGAGAAGGAAUCACGACGUAUAUGGCGUCAUGUGACCGAGUCCCUCGCUGGGAAGGACGUCGAGGCUGCCACUGAUGCUAAACACACUAUUGAGGAACAACAAAGAGCUGAUGUCCGCGAGCGUAAGGAGAACGGAGUGGAGUGGGAACAGAAGUACUUCCAUUUAGAGGGUGAAAACUGGGUGUACAACACUCCACUGGAUAAGAGACGCUCGGAAAUACUCUCACAAACGGAACAAUAAGAGACUGUUGUUUUAGACUCCAUUAUGAUAUUGUGUGUGUGUGUGUGUCAGCUCAGUUGAUCGUGCACAUCUGAAUUAUUUCAUUGUACAUAUAUUAUUAUUAUAGUAUGUGUCAUACAAAUACAAAAUACAUGUAAUCAUUGCAUGAA